AUGGCAAACACGGAUUUGUCUCUAUCGCAGGCGUCUUCGUGCGGUCAGCAACACAACGAGUCCCAGUCUCAUUCGGGCAGAUGCGGAUCUUCACCGAAGCCACAUUUUAUGACGGGUGUUUAUCCUCUGUGUGUCUCAGCCUCAGCCUCAGCCUCGUCUGCGGUGUCGGCGCCAAGACAAACGCCGUCGACGGCAUUGGAGCAGUACCGCUUACAGCUGUACAACUAUGCACUUAAUAUCGAGCGCCUAAGGUGUCCCCAAUAUGGAGCAGGCGCAGGAUCGGUAACAGGAUCAUCGGUAAUGGCGCCUUGGCUCCAUCCCUACAGUCCUUUGCACUGUGCGGGUGCAGGAGGAGUUGGGGUCGGAAUCGGAAUCGGAGGCAGUCGAUUGGCUACGCUGUCAACUAUCUCGCUCUUUCCGCAGUCGCAGCGGAUCUUUCAGCCGGAGGAGCCGAAGCCACAGCACAGCUACAUUGGUUUAAUUGCCAUGGCCAUUUUAAGCUCCACGGAGAUGAAACUAGUGCUCUCGGACAUUUAUCAGUAUAUAUUGGAUAACUAUGCGUAUUUUCGGACACGCGGACCCGGCUGGCGGAAUUCAAUUCGCCACAAUCUAUCGCUAAACGAUUGUUUCAUCAAAUCCGGACGUAGUGCGAAUGGCAAGGGACAUUACUGGGCCAUCCAUCCGGCCAAUAUGGAUGACUUUCGCAAGGGUGACUUCCGGCGGCGAAAAGCACAGCGCAAGGUGCGCAAGCACAUGGGAUUAUCCGUGGACGAUGCCAGCACGGAUUCGCCAAGUCCGCCGCCCUUGGAUUUAACCACACCGCCACCGUUGGGUACCGCACAGGCAUCACUGCAGCUGGCCGCCUUAAACUAUCCAUAUCAUCAGCAUUAUAUCGGACAGUUCUUUGGACGCACUGCACCGCAGUACACGACAACAUCACAUCAUUUGCCAGCAUUGGAUCCAAUCUAUCAGCAUUCACAACAUCCACAUGCGCAAGUGCAACUGCAGCCACAUCCUCUACAGAAUCCACAUGCACAUGCACAUGCACAUCCACAUCCACAUCCACCACAUCAUCAACAUAUUGCGUAUAUUAAUUCCACGACAACCACAACAAUUGCCAAUCUGUAUUCGCAGACGAGGAAACGUCAGUUUGAUGUUGCCUCCCUAUUAGCUCCCGAUGUGCAGAUCGUGGACAUUGUGGAGGAUGAGGAGAAGACAACACAGCACACGGUCAUCACAAAGGUUCAAGUACAAAAGCAGCAGACGAUACAUCAUGAAUUGGUUGUGGAACAAUCAGCAGCAAAUCAUCAACUGGAUGCGGAGACUGAAGCGGAUAUCGAUGAACAUCACUCCGCCUCAAUUUCGCCAGUCUUGGGUGGCAGCUCUGUGGCCAGCAGUAGCCAGCAUGAUUCGAACUCCUUGGAAGAAUUGCCUACAGGUGGCAGUAGCACCCUUACAUCCCCGCUGCCCCUGGCCAUGACAAUGUCCCUGCCCAAGACCUACGUAGAACUCAAUCAUGUCGAUCCUCACAUCCUAAGCAGAUACUAUGGCUCCUAUAUGGCAGCCGCAGCGCGUCGAGCUACAAUCGAAGCAUCCAGAGCCCAAUCGAAAUCAAUGACCACGCCCCCUUCGCCUAAAGAAUUGUUACCUAAUAAAUUAUAA